GCAUUACCUGCUCUGACUGGCAGCAGCUCUCCAGGGUUUCAGACAAGGAAUCUUUCCCAGCCUGGGACUUUCUGCAUGCAAAGCAGAUGAUCUGCCCCUGAUCUUCCUUCCUGAUGUUGAGCUUGGCCUGUUGUUCCUUUAUCCCUUAGCACAGAGAGACUGAUAUUUGGACGCUCUGCUUCUUCCAGCAGAUGAUCGGAAGAGGCCGUUUGCGAUGGAGCAAAAUUGGACAGGACGCCCCGGGGAAGACGAUCCCUUGGCAGAAAGGGAUAAAUGGAGCAUUGCCCAAUGCCCGAUUCGGGGAGUAACUUCUGAAAUCCAAGAGGGAAAGGAAGGGGGUGAAGUCACGGAUUCUUGGGGAGAUGGGAAAGGACUGGAGGAAAACGCCAAGGGAGCAAAGGCCGGCCUUGAAUGCGGGAAAGCGCUUGGACACGAUUCCGAGAACGAAAUAAACCUCGGGCAAGAGAAUCUGUGCAAGUGCCCAAUCUGCGGGCAGAGCCUUAGCAGGAGAACUGGUCUCCUUAUACACCAGAGGAUCCACACCGGAGAGAAACCCUACAGCUGCACGGACUGCAGGAAAAGCUUCCGGCACAAGUCGGUCCUUAUUCGACACCAGAGAAUCCACACGGGCGAGAAGCCACACAAGUGCCCUGACUGCGCCAAAAGCUUCCGGGACAGAUCCGCUUUGGAUGUGCACCGGAGGACACACACGAGGGAAAAACCCUACCAGUGUACAGACUGUGGGAAAAGCUUCAGCCAUCGCUCCAACUUGAUUACCCACGAGCGGAUCCACACGGGAGAGAAGCCGUUCAAGUGCUUGGAGUGCGAGAAAAGCUUCAGCGACCGGUCGUCCCUGACGGCCCACAAACGGGCCCACACAGGGGAGAGGCCGUACAGAUGCGCCGAGUGCGGGAAGAGCUUCUCUCAGAGCUCCAGCCUCCUUUCUCACCAGAGAAUCCACACAGGGGAGAGGCCCCACGAGUGCCCGGACUGCGUGAAGUGCUUCCGCGACAAAUCGGCUUUCUUCGUCCACCGGAGGACCCACACGAGGGAGAAGCCGUAUAACUGCUCUGGCUGCGGGAAGAGCUUCAGCCAUCGCUCCAACCUGAACACGCACGAAAGGAUACACACAGGGGAGAAGCCUUACAAGUGCCUGGACUGUGGGAAGACCUUCGCCCAGAGACCAAGCCUUACUGCACAUGAGAGAAUCCAUUCCAAAAAGACAUUGCCAAACUGCUGAAAGGCUGGGAACGAAUUCCGUGUCAGGAGGAAUGCAUAGGAGACGGCGCCUGUGUUUGUCGAGUGCCUUCUCCCACAUUGUACCUCACCUGAACUUUUAAGAUCCUCCUCAGAGGGCCUGCUCAGAGAUUUCCCACCAGAUGAAGGGAUGAGAGUCCCCACUGGGGACAGGACCUUUUUAGAAGUGGCACCCUGGUACUUGAAUAGCCUUCCCAGAGAGGUUUUAUUUGCCUGGUGCUACCUAUUGGGCCCUUUAAAUAACUGACCUUUUAUUGUCUGGGCCUCUCAGUUAUAAACUGAGUUUUAAUCGGUGCUUCUUAAUUGUGUUUCAGCUUUUUAAUUAACUUGUUAGGAGUUUUUUGUUGUUUGAUAUUGUAUUUUAAAUGUGCUUUUUCUUCUUCAUCACAACAUGCCCAGGGACCUCUUGUCAUGGGGUGGCUAUAUAAAUGCGGAAAUUAACAAAUGAAAUGGUACAUAGCUUCAGGAGAUCUGAGGUUCAGUCCUCAUUCACCCAUGAAGCCCUCUGCAUGGUGCCAGAUCUCUCUCUCACUC